GAACAAAGAGGGCAAAGUAGGUUCAGCUACUUCACCUUGUAUUAUCCUAGAACCAGAAAAAUCCUUAUGAUUCUAAUUUAUUAGGUUCAGCUAGAAAUUAUGUCAUUUCCUGAAAGGGAAGCCUCUAUUGUCCUUACCAAAUUCCUCUUCCUCCAUUGACUCGCAUACAACACAUCAAGAAUCCACUCUUCUUUGCACUCAAUGAAAUUUAAGUCUCAACAAACUUCAUCAACCUCCAUUACCAUUUGUAUCGGCUUCUUCCAUUUUCAUUUCACUCCAAAUCAUUCUUACCAGCUUUGCCAACCAUCCUGCUUCUGCAUUUUUAUAUUCUGAACCAGUGAACUUGGAGCACUAAAGGAGAAAGGAUGACAAUUAAGGCCAUUCAACGGUUCCUCCUAACCUAUCUCCUUCUGGAAAUCUCUAUGGUGUCUGCAAAAGUUCCGGCAGUUAUUGUGUUUGGAGACUCUACUGUGGAUGCAGGGAACAACAACCAGAUAUCAACAGUCCUGAAGAGCGACUUUCAACCCUAUGGUCACGAUUUCUUUGGAGGCCAGCCUACCGGGCGCUUUUCCAAUGGUAGGGUUCCAACAGACUUCAUUUCUGAAGCUUUUAUGAUCAAGCCAACGAUACCUGCAUACUUGGAUCCAACUUAUACCAUUAAGGAUUUUGCUACUGGAGUUUGCUUUGCCUCUGCGGGAACUGGUUAUGAUAAUGCCACUUCUGAUGUGCUAUCUGUAAUACCUCUUUGGAAGGAAUUGGAGUACUACAAGAAAUACCAGAAGGACCUGAGAAGCUAUCUAGGCAAUGCUAAAGCUAAUGAGGUUCUGGGAGAAGCACUUUACCUGAUCAGUAUAGGAACUAAUGAUUUCGUAGAAAACUACUACGUAAUUAAACGCAGAUCAUCACAGUUUUCCAUAGAGGAGUACCAAAAUUUUCUAGCCGGAAUUGCUGGAAAUUUCAUCACAGAGCUUUACCAGCUUGGAGCUCGAAAGAUAUCUAUAAGCGGCCUUCCCCCGAUGGGUUGCCUGCCACUGGAGAGAACUACAAAUAUCUUGUCUGGGAGUGAUUGUAUUGAGGAGUACAAUGAUGUGGCUAGGAUUUUCAAUGUGAAGUUGCAGAGACUGAUUGAAAAGCUCAGCAAGAAACUAGUUAGAAUCCAACUUGUGCUUUCAAACCCAUAUGAUAUUCUCUUAGAAAUCAUUCAAAACCCAGCUACUUUUGGAUUUGAAGAUGCAGCAACAGCCUGUUGUGGCACAGGAUUAUUUGAGAUGAGUUACAUGUGCAAUAAGAUAACCCCAUUCACAUGUUCAGAUGCAAAUAAAUAUGUAUUUUGGGACUCCUUCCAUCCCACAGAAAAAACAAAUGCUAUUAUUGCAGAUCAUGUAUUCAGAAAUUGCCUAGCUCAAUUUUCAUGAGAAGUACACAGUAUAGAAUGAGGUCUGUAACUGUCAUUCUAGUAGUCUUGCCUUUGGUACUAUCCACUUUAACUUGCAUCAAGAUAUUUGUCUUCCA